UCCAAUUUGUUACAAUUUACAUGGUUCAGCGGGAAUCACGACAAUGAAGACUAAGAGAGGGGAUAUUAAGUGAAGGUAUAAGUCCGAGCUCAACGUUAGCAAACAUCAGUUCAACUGGAUUGCUUGUGUAGGAUACGAAUUAUCAAAAUGUUAUUGACUUCGUGUCCCGUUUUAUUGUUAGCCUUGAUUAUAACACCAUUCUGCUUUGGUGAACAAAAUGAAGCAGCGGCCGACGAUCUUUUAGCACGCGCCAAGGCUCUUUUGAGUAGAAUUAACAUUGAAUAUGGACAGUGGAAUUAUAAAUUAUCAAUAGCAAGUUGGAAUUAUGCUUCGAAUCUUACUGAUGCAAACCUCGCAGUUCAGCUGAACGUGUCUGCUCAAACAGCAGAUUACAUUCGAUCAAUGUACAAGGAAGUUAUUGCAUUUCCUUGGCAGAGCAUCAAUGAUUAUGAUAUUCAGAGACAAUUUAAAAAGUUAUCUACCCCCGGAUCUGCUGCUUUAUCGCCAGAAAAAUAUACCGAAUAUGAUGAAGUAGUGAGUAGAAUGCAAAGUACUUACUCAACUGCUAAAGUCUGCAACUACACCGAAAAAAAUAAAAACAACUGCAGUCUUUCUCUUGAACCUGAACUCACUGAAAUUAUGAUCAAUAGCAGAAAUCCCGAUGAACUGAAAUACAUCUGGAAAUCUUGGAGAGAUGUAUCUGGAAAAAAAGUAAAAAAAGACUUUAUAAAAUAUGUCGAGUUAAGUAAUGAAAUUGCUAAAUUGAAUAACUACAGUGACAUGGCUGCUUUUUGGAUGAAAGAUUACGAAGCCGAUGAUUUUACUGAUCAAAUAGAAUCUCUAUGGCAACAAAUUAAGCCAUUAUACCUUCAAAUUCAUUCUUAUGUCCGUCAUCAACUCCGUCUUAAAUAUGGAGAAGAAGUAGUUUCCAAAGAUGGACCUAUUCCUGCUCAUUUACUUGGUAACAUGUGGGCACAAACUUGGAGUAAUAUUGCAGAAUUCACUACUCCAUAUCCUGAUACCAAAUUACCUGAUGUCACAGAUGCGAUGGUUGAACAAGGAUACAAUGCAACAAAAAUUUUCCGAGUUGCUGAAGAUUUCUUCACCUCUCUUGACUUGAGUCCAAUGCCCGAUACUUUCUGGGCAAAUUCAAUCCUUGAGAAGCCCAAGGAUGUAGAAUUAGUAUGCCAUGCAAGUGCUUGGGACUUCUAUGAUGGCAAAGAUUUUAGAAUAAAGCAAUGUACACGUAUUAACAUGGAAGAUCUCUUGACUGCUCACCAUGAAAUGGGUCAUAUUCAAUAUUUUCUUCAAUAUAAAAACCAGCCAACCGUUUACAAAGAAGGUGCUAAUCCUGGAUUCCAUGAAGCCGUUGGAGAUACAAUUGCGUUGAGUGCAUCAACACCUGAGCAUCUUCAUGAAAUUAAUUUACUUGACAGUCCUUCUACUAGUGAUGAAGCUAUUCUUAAUCAUUUAUAUUUCAAAGGUCUUGAUAAAAUAGUAUUUUUGCCAUUCGCCUACAUGAUGGAUAAAUGGCGAUGGGGAGUUUUCCAAGGAGAAAUCCGUCCUGAUUCAUACAACUGUUAUUGGUGGGCUCUUGCUGAAGAAUUCCAAGGGAUUGUUCCUCCAGUACCACGUUCUGAAGAUGAUUUUGAUCCUGGCGCGAAAUAUCAUAUUAUCGCCAAUGUUGAAUACAUUAGAUACUUCGUUAGCUUCAUUGUUCAAUUUCAAUUCCAUAAAUCUCUUUGUAUAGAAGCUGAAGAGUAUAAUCCAGACCAUCCAGAUUUAAAACCUUUAAGUCAGUGUAACAUUUAUAAUAACAAGAAAGCAGGAAAAUUGUUCCAAGCGAUGUUGGAGCUUGGAUCGUCUAAACCUUGGCAAGAUGCGAUGGAAAAAAUUACUGGCCAAAGAAAAAUGGAUGCAAGUGGUCUUAUGGAAUAUUUCAAGCCUCUUAUUGAUUGGCUUCAAAAAGAAAAUGCUAAAAAUAAUGAAUUCAUUGGAUGGAAAAGCAGUAACAAAAGCUGCACAGGAAAACACUAAAACAAUAAGCAAUUUUUUUGAUAUAGUAUCAGAAAAUUGAAAAUAAAUUUUACAACAAAACAAACCAUUGACAAAUAUACAAAUAAAUUAUAAUUGAAAAUUAGUUUUUAUAAA